CAGGUGGGUAGAAUUGGGUGGAGGUAUGGAGGAGUGGAGUAGGAGGGAGUUUAUUGACAGAUACAGAGGGUAUAAAUUGAGUGAGUGACAGAUCUUUCACCUCCAGUCUGGUCGCAGGAAGGUUUGAGUAAUGAUGAUUGGCCUGAUUGUUCUCGCACUCCUGGGCGCUGCAGCUGCAGCACCUAUGGAUGACAAGAUUGUGGGUGGAUUCGAGUGUACAGCCCACUCUCAGCCCUGGCAGGUGUCUAUCAAUCUCAGCUACCACUACUGCGGCGGCUCCCUCAUCAACGACCAGUGGAUCAUCUCUGCUGCCCACUGCUGGCAAAACCCUUACUCACUUAUUGCCAUUUUGGGUGACAACCACAUCUGGAUGAACGAGGGCACGGAGCAGUUCAUGUCCGUGGACGCCAUCUACUGGCAUCAGAGCUACGACUACCAGACCCUGGACUACGACAUCAUGCUGAUGAAGCUGGCGCACCCCGUCACCGUGAACCAGUAUGUGAAGCCCGUCGCUCUGCCCAAGGACUGCCCUGCAGCCGGGGACAUGUGCAUGGUGUCCGGAUGGGGAAACAUACACUGUAAUGACAUGUUCAACCCAUUUUACCUCCAGUGUGUGGAAGUCCCCAUCUUUUCUCACAAGGACUGUGAUGGCUCCUACCCCGGCCUGAUCACUGACCGCAUGAUGUGCGCUGGAUACCUGGAGGGAGGCAAGGAUGCUUGUCAGGGUGACUCUGGUGGUCCUCUGGUGUGUAACGGAGAGCUGCAGGGUGUCGUGUCCUGGGGCCAGGGAUGCGCUCAACCCAACUACUCAGGCGUUUACACCAAAGUCUGCUCUUUGAUGCCUUGGAUCAAAGAUAUUCUCUCCACAUACUCCUAGGCUGUGAUCUCCCAUCACAGAACUACAGGUGAGGGGAAAUCAGAGGGAGAUUGAAAUUGAAAGAGACAGGAGGCGGCGGUGGGAAGUGUCGAAGAGAGAGGCUGAGAGUGAGACACAAGGAGAAGCCGAGGGAGAAAGAAAACAACAUGCGAGAUGUGAGAUGUCAAGGCUCAAUCAAUACAAAAUGUAACAUUUUGUGAUGCAACAGUGUGUUUAUUAUUGUCUAUCUACUCCCAGUGUAGAUGUACUGUUUUAUGAGUACUGGAUUUCAAUUUAGGGGUGACAUUUCCAACACAAAACAAAUAUACACCACAGUCAAACAAGAACAGCUAAUGUCAAUAAACAGAAACAUUUCACAAAAUUGCGUUAGCUUGAGGGCAAAUGAAGUGGCAACCCUUGGUUUUGAAAAGAUAAGCUAACUAAAUGUUCAUUAUCUCAAUUUGUUUUAAACAUUUUCCUAACGAGUUUGUAGUUUCAAAACACAUUUUUAAUGUACAGCAAGAUGUUCCUUUAGUAAUCUAUGG